GUGUGACAUUAGCUACAAUCACCAAUUAUUAUUAUCUAUGCGAAUUAGUAGUCAAAAAUUCAUUUAGGUGUUUGUGCUUUUGAAAAUGAACAAAAGUAGAUCAGGAUGGUGAAUGUUAUGAAAGGAGUUUUGGUUAAAUGUGAUUCGGCGAUGAAACAGUUCUUAUUACAUUUGGAUGAGACUAUGAAACUAGGGAAAAAAUUUAUAAUUCAAGAUCUAGACGAAACACAUUUAUUCAUAUCUGCUGAUAUUUUAGAUGUUCUUCAGGCAAAAAUAGACGAUUUAAUGGAUCAGAUAAGCUUCCCAGUCACCGAGAAGGGCAACUAAAUGUUAGUACAUUUAAAGACUUU